AUGUCUGAGUUCCAACCAACUAAUCCAAAACCUUUUUUGAAAGAAUUGGUUAAUAAACCAGUAGUGGUUACAUUGAAAUUUAAUAAAACUCAAUAUAAAGGUCAAUUGGUUUCCACUGACAAUUAUUUUAAUCUACAACUAACUGAUGCUGAAGAAGUGAUAGAUAACGUAUCAAAGGGUAAAGUUGGCGAUAUCUUUAUAAGAUGCAAUAACGUACUAUGGGUUGGAGAAGAUUUAGAUAAAAAAACUCAAUGA